AAUUCCACAAAUAAACCCUGCGAAAUCGAAAAUUACAUAAGCUUUGGCAAUGACUUGAGUGCAUGAAUAUAAACCAACGAUUUGAAACUACCCUAAAAUGUCUUCGCAAAUACAAAUUUCAAUACUUUUACUUGCCCACCUAAUAACCUAAUUGUGAAGUGUCAAACAGCACACCAACAGUUCUCGAUCUCUCUAUUUCUUAUCAUCGAGGAAAUUGAAGAUAUAGUUUUCUUUAGCAAUGGAUUGUUUGUGGGUGGGUUCGGACGUUGAUUUAACUACCCUACAUCAGUACAGAAUGUCUGAGAGGUUAGAAUAUAGGCUGUCGUGUUUACACAAGACCAGGAAUUCCAAACAUUGUCAGGUGGAUUUCGAAGAAGUGAAAACCAAUCCGAACGAUGCUGUCACACAGCUCAGCAGGCGAAGGAGAUCUGGAACAUGGCCAAGGACCAGAUCAUUGAACGCACCAUCUCCAAUUCAACAAUUUGGACCAUGUGGUCGAAUAAUGAAGAAUUCAGCCAUGGUCAUGACGAUCCAAGACCCAGCAAGUCAGAGACUCACAUGGUACAAACCUCCCCUCACCGUCUUGGUGAUCAAGAAAGUCCGUGAUGUGGCGGUCCUAUCGCCAUUCGUUCAGUUGGUCCAGUGGCUCAUCCAGGAAAAAAGGAUGGUCGUCUUCGUCGAGGCUCAGGUGAUGGAAGACAGCCUCCUGGACCAGUACACCGCCUUCUCGACCAUAAAGGACAAACUGAUGAGCUUCAGGGACGGCAAGGACGACCUAACCGAUAAGAUCGACUUCAUAAUAUGCCUGGGAGGAGACGGUACCUUACUCUACGCCAGUCAUCUAUUCCAAGAGUCCGUGCCGCCUGUGAUGGCCUUCCAUCUUGGCUCCCUCGGGUUCCUGACGCCCUUUCAAUUCGACAAUUUCCAGGAGCAGGUGAACAACGUCCUCGAGGGUAACGCAGCGUUGACGCUAAGGAGUCGAUUGCGGUGCAUAGUGAUGAAGAAGGACCUGAAAGGCAAAGGGGAUGACGCUCUCGCCAGGAAGCCCACGAAUCUGCUGGUGCUGAACGAGGUUGUGGUGGACAGGGGUCCAUCUCCUUAUCUAUCGAACAUCGAUCUUUUUCUAGACGGCAAACAUAUCACUUCGGUGCAGGGUGACGGUGUUAUUGUUAGUACGCCUACCGGGAGUACUGCAUACGCUGUUGCUGCAGGCGCGUCUAUGAUACAUCCUAGCGUUCCCGCCAUCAUGGUGACGCCUAUUUGUCCACAUUCCCUGAGUUUUAGGCCUAUCGUGGUGCCGGCUGGUGUAGAGCUCAAGAUCUCAGUCUCACCGGAUAGUCGGAACACAGCAUGGGUCUCAUUCGACGGCAGGAAUAGACAAGAAUUACUUCAUGGAGACAGUCUGAGGGUGACCACCUCCAUCUACCCAGUACCAAGCAUCUGUGCGCAAGACCAAAUAUCCGAUUGGUUUGACUCGCUGGCGGAGUGUCUUCACUGGAACGUCAGAAAGAAGCAGAAGCACCUUGACGAGCUGACAGAUCUCACCCAUUCCAGUUCGAACGAUACUCUGGACUCGCUCGACCAGAGCGAAACAAUCGAAAAGGACAACUGAAGCAGGAAGUGGAAAAUGUUGAUUUUUAGUAUUGCGAGUCAUUGCUUUUAAAGUUUUCUUUACACAAGAGUACCUUGUUUCCAUCAGCGGGGCAGGAACCCCGUUGUGGGGACUUUAAAAGUCGGUUUUAUAUGUUUUACAUGAUCACGUAAUCAAUUGGCACGCCCAACGAAUUAAAAAAAAUUUAAAAUAGGCCCACAGUAUUGAAUUUGUUAGAGUUGGUGCGAGUAUUGCAAAUUUUAUCGAUCGGUUAGGUUAAUUUUAAUUUAUUGAUUUGUUUUAGGGAAAUGUUUACAACUAUGCAAUAUUUUUAGCAAUCUUUUGACGAACUGUUAGCACAAUAUACCAAAGGUUCGAAGCACUCAACCAGGGCAAUAAGUUGACCGGGAAAUUCAGUUUGCCAACUUUUAAUACGAAUUUUGUGGAUAAAUCAGUUUUAUUUUUGUACUCAGGUUAAGGUUAGACGGUAAUGAACCGGAGUAGGAGUUAAUAGUUGAUUGAUAGGACCAAUAUUGUGCCAGAUUUUCAUUUUAGAGAAAUUUCCUAGUUGUUGAUGUUUUGUGGGAUCUGAAUAUUGAAUUUUUGAUAAAUUAUAUGUAUGUAUUGUU